AUGCUAGCACACCCCGAAGUCGACGUCCAUCUCCCAUCUCGUAAACCUCUCAAACGGGGUUUUUCCCUCGUGCCCGAACGUUUCACAGAUACCCAAUUAGCCGCCUUGAGAAAUCGUCGAGCUGAUCGAGAAAGUCUCUCUGUUUUUGGCGCCUUAAUUUGUGAACGCUUCUUAAAAAUUCUUACUAUCGCUUUGGUAGUUGUUGGAUUUCCUUUUUCCCUUCUUGCCUGCCUUAGAGUUAUACCCCAAUAUGAACGGGCAGUGAUUUUUCGUCUUGGUCGUCUAAUAUCUAGUUCUGCACUUGGACCCGGUCUUAUUUUUAAGCUCCCUUUUCUUGAUCGAAUGCGUAGGGUGGAUCUUCGCACUUUCACAUUCGAUGUGCCAACCCAGGAGGUACUUACAAAAGAUUCAGUGACUGUUGCCGUAGAGGCUGUUGUCUACUAUCGAAUCUUUGAUCCUGUCAUGUCAGUGGUUAAUGUUGUAAAUGCUAAUCGAUCAACUCGUCUGCUGGCUCAAACCACAUUGAGAAAUGUGCUUGGUACUGUGGAUCUCUAUGCUCUACUCACUGAUAGAGAGGAGAUAGCUGCAAUGAUGCAAGAGACACUAGAUACUGCGACAGACACCUGGGGAGUUAAAGUAGAGAGAGUUGAAAUUAAGGAUGUUAGAUUACCUCUGCAGCUUCAACGUGCAAUGGCUGCUGAAGCUGAAGCUACAAGAGAGGCUCGAGCUAAGGUUAUUGCGGCUAAAGGAGAAGAAGACGCCUCAAAAUCUCUAAAAGCUGCGGCCUUAGAGAUUUCCGCUUGUCCUAUUGCACUACAGUUGAGAUAUCUCCAAACUCUUGCGGGUAUUUCCGCCGAAAAGAACUCCACUAUCAUCUUUCCUCUUCCUAUCGACUUGUUGAAUCUCUUUCGCGGUGCAGAGAAUUUAAAGCAGGGUCUAUCGCGCCCCUUAUUAACUCGGGAAGUCACUGUUUCCACAAUGAAUUCUACUCGGAACCCUAAUAAUCCAAACUUUGUAUGA